ACUUAAGUGGAAUGCGCGCGUGAUCAGAAAUUGGAAUCUGAAACCCGCUUGCUUUCGUCCUUUACUUCUGAUUGGUGCGCUCAUCUAACGGCACUUGGUGAACCAGUGCGUCGACUGCCAACAGUCGAUCUCGCAGACUUGUAAGUGCUGUUUGAGAAUCACCACGAGAACGUUUUUUGACAAGGAUGUCGCGUAAGGAAUAUCGAAUCACGAUAAUUUGACAGUUUGGUGGUGUAAAGAAAAGAGUAGAAUGCAACUGCAGCGGUUGUUGGUAAUUCUAGGAGCCCUUUUGGUAUUGUCUUUGCUGGCAUGUUGUCAGUCUACCGGGAAAGUUACUUUUCAGGAUAGCGCUAUCGAACAUGAAGCAGAUAAGCAAGAUAAGGAAGAGAAUCUUAAAGAAAUUACAUCGCAACAAAGAGGAUUUAAUCCUGUUCAACAUGUAGAAGAUUUAUUCAAUUAUAUUGGUUUUGGAACUGGACGAAAUGUUGAUCCGUAUUUGGCAAAGGUCAAUGAACGUUGCUUAACUGGUGAUUUAGCUGAAUGUUUCAAGUCACGAGCGUUAAAAUAUUUUUCGGAUUUUUUCGAUCAUGCUGAAUAUUCUUUAAAUGAUAACGUCCAAAUUAAGCGAAUGUCUGAUCAAGUUGUAAGAGAAGUAUAUCGUCAGCCGUAUGAAUAUUCUAACGAUCCUAGAUCCGAUGAAACAGAAUGGGAUCAAAUGAUCAAUUUUAUGAAAAGAAAGUUGGAAAAGUUUGUUAAAACAAUGUCUUUCGAAUUGACUAUUCCUGAAGAGGAGACUGAUCUCAAUGAUGUAUAUAAACCAAGAUUUUUGAACGAAAUUGCUGAUGAAAUUGAUACACUUGAGGAUAAAAAGGAUACACUAUUCUCUCGUCAUCAACUCAGAAAAUUUCUUAUACCUUUCUUACUUGUCGUAAAGCUUUUCAAAAUGAAACUUCUAUUAUUACUGCCUUUGAUUUUGGGAUUGGCUUCAUUCAAGAAAUUCCUUGGAUUUUUGGCGAUCGUCAUACCUGGUCUAAUAGGUUUCUUUAAGCUUUAUAAACCGUAUCAAAGUUAUUAUCCCCCAGUGUACACUAAAAACGGAGUUGCUCAACCUCAUUAUGAAUCACAUCCGAAUUUUGAUUAUCAUGGAGAUCAUUAUGGAAAUAUAGAUUCUUAUAGUCAUGAUUUGGCAUACCGAGGAUAUGAACAUUAUAAAUCCUAA